AUGAAUCAGAUGAAACAAGUGGAAAUUCGCAUGAUUCCCUUCGUUUUUUGUUUGAAGUCAAUUGUGUACAAGUCUAAGGAACUCUACAACCAGUUGGAGAGGAUCGAAGAACUGCGUCCCGGCACUGCCAAGCGAUUGAAGGACCGAGACAUGGUUUAUGGUUUCGAGUCGGAGAAAACAAAAGGUCGGGCCCAGGCUCGGGCGCGCUGUGGGAAGAAAGGAAAGCCGAUGCCAGUGGAUCAGUCAGUCUAUCCGGCCAAGGAGCUGUGUAGCCGCUGCGGCUUUUGUAAUACCUCGCUGAUCGCACAAGUUCAAGAUGCCUGUGCCUUUCUGGGAGCUGGAAUGGCUCGGAUCGACCAGUUGGAGCACACGGUGCAUGGACGUCCACGGCAGGAGGAGGAACUCUAUUUCGGUGUGCAGGAUGGCCUGCGGCCCAUCCAAGUGGCGCCCGAGGCUCGCACCGGGCGACGUGCCUGGACCGGGGUGGUCACGAGCAUCGCAUGUGAAAUGUUGAGAUCGAAAGCGGUGGAUGCCGUGCUUUGUGUGUCCAGCACGGUGGACAAGCCAUUGGAGCCCAAACCCAUCUUGGCACGGAGCGUGGAAGAAGUCCUGCAGACUGGAGGGGUGAAACCAAUGUUGUCGCCCAACUUGCUGCCACUGGAGGAGCUCUGGCAGGUUCGUGGAGAAGACAUCCAGCGUUUGCUCUUCAUUGGAGUUGGCUGCCAAGUGCAGGCUUUGCGUUCAGUAGAAGCUGAUCUUGGUCUCAAGGAGCUAUAUGUGCUGGGGACGAACUGUGUCGACAACCCACGCAAUGCGGAGGCCCUUCAUCGCUUCCUACAAAGUGCAAGCGAGACCCCUGAGACAGCCACAGGCUUCGAGUUCAUGCAAGACAAUCGGAUUCACGUGAAGCAUUCAGAUGGGCGAUAUGAACGAAUCCCGGUCUUUUCACUCAAAGAGCCACAAAACUGUACCGGAGUCAUUGCGAAGUCCUGCUAUUCCUGUUUCGACUAUGUGAACGCAUUGACGGACUUGACUGUGGGAUACAUGGGAGUUCCGUGGCAGGGCGGACGCAUGACGGAGCACCAACAGUACUGUGUGGUGCGCAAUGAACGUGGCCAAAAGAUGUUGAGGCUUUCGCAAAGCGUUUUGGAACUUGGACAGGCGGAGGAGCUCCAGGUGGACGGGCGCUUGUCACGUCAGCAGCUGCUGCCGGAGGUGCUGCGCCCGGAGUUGGAUUUGGCCUUUGGACAGCGGAAGCCAAGACCCGAGCCACCGAGGUGGCUGGCGGAGCUUUUGAGCGAGGUCUUCACUUGGCUGGGCCCACAAGGCUUGGACUUCGCACGUGCCUCCAUUGACAGGGCCACCUUGAGGAACUUGGUGUGCUUGGAGGUGGACCUAUUGAAGAAGCGGGCAGGACAGCAAAUGGAGUUGGAUGCGACUUUGCCAAAGCAUGCGAAGAAGAUCCGCUCUCAAUAUCAAGAGCUCUUCGAGACACUUCUGGAAACUUACAGAGGAAAGCAAGUGCAGUGA